AUGGAAAAAGAAACUGGCAUUAACAUCAAUUUAAUAGAGCCGGAAUUUACCUAUAGACUUGGAGAAACAUCAAGGACAAAAACAACACCAUCAUACUGGAACAGACUCGGCAGCUCGAAAUCAAGAACAUCAGAACAAAAGAAAUUAUGCAUAACAGUCAUGACAGAAUUAAUAGGUAACACAGAAAAUGACCAAGCAACUGCAUACACUGAUGGAUCAUGCAUGGGAAACCCUGGACCAUGUGGAGCUGGUGCAAUCAUAUACACAGAAGACUCAAGACCAGCCAUACGACUACACAGACCUGUCGCUCAAAGAGGAUCCAUCUUACUAGCAGAGCUUGUAGCAAUUGUAAAGGUACUGGAAUUUUGUAUACUGGAAAGACUACACAACACCAUCACCACACUUAAGAUCUUCUCUGACAGUCAAAGUGCAGUAGGACUCCUCACACUAAAUUGGGCACCCAAAUCCUAUAUUGAUGUGAUUCGAGACGUCAAAGAACACAUCGAAGACCUAAGAACUAAAGGGAUGGAAAUUUGCAUCCUAUGGACACCAGGACAUGCAAAUAUUCAAGGGAACGAUGAAGCGGACUUAUUGGCAAAGCAAGCAGCAGAAGAAGCAACACAACUCUUGCCAAAAAACAAUAUUAUUACCCUUCAAGACAUAAAACAAGGUGCACACAAGAGUGUCAUGCUGAAGUGGCAAAGACGAUGGGAACUAAGCGACACAGGAAGAGACCUCUUUGAUAUAACACCAAACGUUAAAAACAUCCCAAUCUUUGACUUUCCUUCCAAAAAAAUCUUCAGCAUCCUUAUACAACUUAGAACUGGCUACACAACCCUUAAUUAUUAUAAAAAACGCACAGGGCAAGACACCACCGACUUAUGCAGCUGUGGAAUUAAGGAAACACAACAGCACUACCUCACAGAGUGCCCCAACUACGAGAGUUAUAGAGAAGAAAUGUACCACCAAAUUACAAAGGAAAUUGGAAUACGCAAGAUCAACACAUGCACCCUGCUAGGAAGACUAGACCACGAAAACACAGAAGAAUAUAAACGGAAGUUAGAAAUCAUUUCGGCCUUUAUCUCAAAAACAGGAUGUUUCGACUUACCCGAACAUCCGCAACCUCAAUCGUAA